GUCAGACGAGUACCGGGUUCCAGUGGUCACCUCCAUAAAACAGAAGAUGGAGACUGGGAAUGGAGUGACGAUGAAAUGGAUGAGAAGAGUGAGGAAGGCAAAGCUGCUGUUUCUCAGGAAAAGUCGCGAAGAGUAAAAGAGGAGGAGAACACAGAGCCUCAGCCUGCUGUUAGUGAUGAAUAUAGUGAAGUUCCAUGUGCAGUGAAUCUUGUCUUAAGAUUAAGGAACUCCAGGAAAGAACUUAAUGACAUACGGUUUGAGUUUACUCCAGGUAGAGACACAGCAGAUGGCGUUUCUCAGGAGCUGUUCUCUGCAGGCCUGGUUGAUGGCCACGAUGUAGUUAUAGUUGCUGCUAACUUACAGAAGAUAGUAGAUGAUCCAAAGGCCUUGAAAACGUUGACUUUUAAACUGGCCUCUGGCUGCGAUGGCACUGAGAUUCCUGAUGAAGUGAAACUGAUUGGGUUUGCUCAGUUAAGUGUCAGCUGAUGUCUGUCCCUUGACCCCAAGACGAAUUGUGAUAUUGCGAAGAGUCCAGCUUAGAUGCAAAGGAAAAUUAAUGCACGACACACAGUUCUGCUUCAUUCUCUAGCAAUUCACAAAGUCAGAACAAGCAAAGCUCACAGCUACACCGCUGCUGCUAACAUUCAGAAUGCUACUAAAUGUCUCUUAGCAGUUGAUUUGGAUUUCCCCUAAGUGAAAGGCCUGUGGAAAUGCACUCAGGUAGCUGUAUUUAUUGGUUACAAAAGGAAUUUUCUAUCAAGCUUACUUCUUUCAUAAACUUUGAGUGAUACUAUUUUACCUGUACUUGUGGUUGAUAAUACUGCCUCUGUUCUGUUCUAUUUAGAAAUUAACAUAAAAGUUAAGAAUUAUUAGCCAAACUUGAAUUCUAGUUUUAAAACUGUGAAUUUUAUUUUUCAUAUAUUUAUGCAUUACACAUCCUAGUAACAAGAAAAUGAUUUGACAUGAUUAUGUGCUAUUUGCAGUUAAUCUCAUUAUUUAAAAAAAAUUCAGGUAUAUCUUUGAAGUAUUUGGUAACUUCUAGGUUUUUUUUUUUUUUUAAAUUAAGUAGUCACUAGCAAGCUUUUGUUGGUUGUGUGUCUAAAAACCAGUCCACAAACUGAUUGUCAAGGGAGUGGGAGGUGCCUUGCAACAUUAAUGUUUUAAGAAUGUGCCUGAGGCUGCUCAAAUAAAUAAUCUCCAUUUUCUGUAAGU